ACCAAAGUAAACAGACCGGACUUUAAGAAACAUCUUUUUUAUUGCUGCCGCCAAUUUGGAAAAAAGAAUGGCUCUGUCUUGCCCACAAACCUUCCUCCACGGCCACCGCCGGAAUCCCUCGCCGGCGGCGAGAACACUCUCUAUUUCCGACAUAUCCGCCGCUGCACCGCCGCGGCAACCUCAACUCCACUCCAAGCUAGCUCUAAAACCGCCCCCACUUUCAUCCAUCUUUAUUAAACCCUCCAAACCCCACCACUCCAAAUCCGUCAACACCAACGUGAAAUCCCUUUUCACCGGAAUCGUGGAAGAAAUGGGAACAAUCAAGCACCUGGGCUUCGAUCAACCCGACAGCUUCACUAUGAAAAUCCAAGCAAAAACCGUUCUUGAAGGCGUGCACUUGGGUGACAGCAUCGCCGUCAACGGCACCUGCCUAACGGUGACGGAGUACGACACCGUUUUGGGAGAAUUCUCGGUGGGAUUGGCGCCGGAGACGCUGCGGAAGACAUCACUGGGCGAAUUGGAGAGUGGGUCUUUGGUCAAUUUGGAGAGGGCGUUGAGCCCUAGCACCAGAAUGGGGGGACAUUUCGUGCAGGGGCACGUCGAUGGGACCGGAGAAAUCGUCGAAUUGAGGCCGGAGGGGGACUCGCUGUGGGUGAAGGUGAAAGUUGGGAGGGAGAUUUUGAGGUACAUUGUGCCUAAGGGGUUUAUUGCUGUGGAUGGAACGAGUUUGACGGUGGUGGAUGUGUUUGAUGAUGAAGGGUGCUUCAAUUUCAUGUUGGUGGCUUACACACAGCAGAAAGUUGUGAUCGCUUUGAAGAAAGUUGGGCAGAAGGUGAAUUUGGAGGUUGAUAUUUUGGGGAAGUAUGUGGAGAGGCUUCUCAGCAGCGGCUUCGUGGAUUCGUUCAAAUCAUCAUGAAGAGCUCAUAUCGUGGUUCGUGUUCAAGUUCAAGUUCAAGUUCGUGGUUUGUGUUCGUGUUUGAGAGGAAGCUCUUUUCACAAACAAAUAUAGAGUUAAAUUCGUUCAGCUCUGAACUAUAUUUACUGUACCAGUUCAAAAUAAUAUUUAUGUUUUUCCUUUUUUUUUUCUUUUACUGGAAAAAACAAUUUCAUAUAUACUAAUGUAGUAAAUCAGUGUAUGAUGUAACCGUGUAGCCACAAUGAUCAAUGAAAUAUCGGAUUUCUUAUACUUAAA